AUGCCACCCAAUCCUCCAGAAAAUUUUGAGACAGUCCUACCAACCUUAAUAGAUCGUAAUAGUUUAUCGAAAAAACGACCAAAUGUGCCUUAUAAUGGGUCGGUUGAUUUUUCGACUCGAAAUUCCAGUGUAAAUAAAUUAGACGAUGGACCAAAAAUGGAUACAAAUUAUAUAAUAGGUGGUUAUCAGCAAAGACAAGGACCGCCAACAAGAAAACGAGGAUCUAUAGCAUCUGAUCAUGCAAUUCCAUUAAACCAACAGACAAUACUACAGCCACAUAAUGGUAACUACAUGAAAAAUGGUUAUAACGGAUUAUCUGGAAUGUCACCACCACCAUCAAUAAAUUUCGGUUAUCAAUAUAAGCCCAAUAAUUUAUUGGGGAAAUUGAGACAAAAAACAUACGAAGAAGUUUAUAAAGAAAAAGUGAUACCAGCAUCACCUGUAUUGCACAAUAAUAAUACUGCUAUUAGUGGUCGAGUAGCCAAUUUAUUUGGUUAUAUAUUUGGAUCUGUGAAUAUCGACACCAUAAGAUUUAUAGUCUAUUGUUUGUUGUGGUAUGCUUCAUCGGCUAUCACGAAUAAUAGUGGGAAGCAAAUAUUGAAUCAAUUCCGCUAUCCGAUUACACUCACUUGGGUACAAUUUGGAUUUGUGCUAUUUUAUUGUUACGGAUUUGCCAAUUGGAUGGGUUUAACGCAACUUAAAAGUCCCACGAAACUUAUUCUAUUAGAAACAAUACCAUUAAGUUUAUUUCAAAUUAUUGGACAUGUCUUUUCUAGCGUUGCUACAAGUCAUGUACCCGUCAGUUUUGUCCACACGAUUAAGGCAUUGUCACCUCUCUUCACUGUUCUCCUUUAUCGUUUUAUAUUUCGAGUUAGAUAUUCAUCAUCCGUCUAUGUUUCAUUACUCCCGUUAACAAUCGGCGUAAUGCUUGCCUGUUCAUCUCAUUCAACUUCAAAUUUUAUCGGAUUUUUAUUUGCGAUGGGAUCAACAUUAAUUUUUGUAGCGCAAAAUAUUUUCUCAAAAAAACUUUUAUUUAAUCAAGAUCAUGGGGGUGGGGGAUCAGAUCGGAAAAAAUUAGAUAAACUUAAUCUGAUGUUUUAUUCCAGUACAUUCGCUUUCGCGUUAAUGACGCCGAUGUGGCUUUAUUACGAUGGCAUUCAUCUAAUCGCCGAACAAUUUUGGCCACAACACGUGCAUCAUCCACACAUCCCAGUCACAAGUGGUUGGACAGUUGCAUUUUAUUUUUUUGUAAAUGGUACAACUCAUUUCGCCCAAAAUAUUUUGGCUUUCUCAAUUCUCGCCAUCACUUCUCCUGUUACUUACUCGAUUGCAUCCUUGGUGAAACGAAUCUUUGUGAUAACAGCGAGUAUCGUGUGGUUUGGUCAAAGUACAACUUUUAUGCAGGGGAUUGGAAUUUGUCUCACCUUUACGGGUUUAUACAUGUAUAAUAAAGCAAAAAGAGAUGUGGAUCGAAAGGAGAAAAAAGCCAGAGAAGAAGAGGAAAUUAUAUUACCAUUGACGAGAUCUGAAAGCGAAUUAGAUUUGAAAAGAAUGUAA